AGAGUCAAAAGCAAGCCUCCUUCUGUAUAUUUUUAUUUUUUUAUUCUGGUUUUUACGCUCUUCCCCACGAAAAAGAAUUAAUUGCCUAAAUACAUAUAUAUUUUUUAUUUUUUAAUAUUUUUCCUUUUUUUAAAUUUUUUUUUUUUAUUAUUAUUAUUUUUGGUGUGUGCGUGCGUGUGUGUGGAAGCACCGGGCUCCUGCGAUCGGUGUCUGAAUGAAACUACGUAAAUGCAUAUGGUCUGUACGUUGCACUGGAGGGAAAAACGGAGCACUUCUGCGAGAGCUUGGAUUCAAAUGUGGUUCAUCUGGUCUCCAGGAUUUUCCGUCUCUUUGGGGUUGUUCGCCUUCCCGGGCUGCGAGGCGGGAUUUUCUGAGCUUUGACACAUCUUUGGAGAUGCCUGUUAAACAGGAGUCUGGGAAAAAACAUUCGAAGUCGUAGAGAUACAUAUAUAUUUUUUUUUGUCCCUUUCCCAUCCCCUUGGUGACUUGAAGCAUCAAAGCAGCCAGAACUUAACGUUUCUGAAGACUUGUGAUGUUUGGGUUUUGUUGUUGCUAUAUUUUUUUUUAGAGGAAACUUGACGGAGGAACAUAUUUAUAGUCCAAGUAAGUACUUUACAGAGGAAAUUUAGUUUGUGUAACUUAACAAAAAAAAAAAAAAAAGUGUUGAGGUUUCUAGCUUAAAGUGCGUUGGAUUAACGUUCAUCCAAGGCUGUUUAGCAAAUCGUAUUGAAUUGCAGUUUUUACGGUGUGUGUUCGUCCGCUCCUUCGUGUCCGUGGUAGUGCAGCACCUAGGGGAAAAUGCACCUGAUUUUGAAUCGGUAUAAUAUUUUUUAAGAUGUGUUUCAUCACCGAGGAGGAAAUGGUCCUAAAGUAAAUUUAUAAUAAGUAAUAAAUGUGCUCCUGGAAGUAAAGUAUAUACAGCAUUUUAAUCCCUAUUUAUACCGUGCAUCUCAAACCGAGGAGGAAACACUGAGAAGACAAAAGUACCUCCGAGACCCUGAGAACUCCCCCAACACCACCAUGAAUGAAACCGUGCCCGAUACAGUAACUGGAUUAUAAUUUUUUGGUGUUAUUAAUUUUAUUAUUAUUGGCUGCUUUACUUUUUUGGGUUCAUCCUGCUCCUCUUCUUCCUCUCUCCCUUCCUCUUGCUGCUUCCUCUUGGGAAUUAUGGCUCAUCCGGGGAGAAGAGGCUACGAUAACCGGGAGAUAGUGCUGAAGUACAUCCACUAUAAACUCUCGCAGAGAGGAUACGACUGGGCUGCCGGUGAGGACACGGCACCUCUGCCACCGGGUCUCUCUCCUCCUGCUGCUGCUGCUGCUGCUGCUGCUGCUGGGACUUCCUCUGAUCACACUGGGCUGGUGUCUCCGCACCCCGAGCCCCCCGGCUCGGCUGCUGCUAGCCACGUGCCCCCGGCCGAGGGGCUGCUCCCCGCGCCCCAGGUGGUCCACCUCACCUUGCGCCAGGCCGGGGACGAGUUCUCCCGCCGCUACCAGAGGGACUUUGCCCAAAUGUCCGGCCAGCUGCACCUGACCCCCUUCACGGCCAGGGGCCGCUUCGUGGCGGUGGUGGAGGAGCUCUUCCGAGACGGGGUUAACUGGGGCAGGAUCGUGGCCUUCUUCGAGUUCGGCGGUGUGAUGUGCGUGGAGAGCGUCAACCGGGAGAUGUCUCCCCUCGUGGACAGCAUCGCCGCCUGGAUGACCGAGUACCUGAACCGGCACCUGCACAACUGGAUCCAGGACAACGGAGGCUGGGAUGCCUUCGUGGAGUUGUAUGGCAACAGUAUGAGGCCUUUGUUCGAUUUCUCCUGGAUCUCUCUGAAGACUAUCCUGAGUCUGGUUCUGGUGGGAGCUUGCAUCACUCUUGGCGCUUAUCUUGGACAUAAGUAGAGUCACCCAGUUUAUCGUGGAUUACAAAAGUCUUUCAAAACAACAAAAUAAUAUUUUUUUUUCUGUAGCACAAUGAUAUUUUAUGAGCAAAACAACUUCCCAUCUAAAGAUUAAAUCAGCUAUUACUGCCAAAGGAAAUAUCAUUUAUUUUUACAUUGCAGGAAAAUUAUUUAUUAAAAGAUAUUUACAUUUUAACCUGCUAUUUUCAGAAACUCUGCAAGUUGUAUCUGUCAUCACAUCAUGUUGUUAUUCUUAACUUUAAUGAGCCCCAAAGUAUUUUAGGUCCUUUUUUUUUUUUUUAAUUAAUGCAGCUGGCUGGAUUAUUUUAUCUCUGAAGAGCAAAUGUACUAACAAAGACCUACCUGCUUACACUUACGAGGGCAGUUACUUGAGCUGCUAAAGGCUGCAUAAUUUUGUUGAUUUUCCUUGCAUUUUCCGGGUGACUGGGAGGGAUCUGAAAGACAAGGUCAGCGUGAACAAAGUUCUCACCGUGUCCUGCUGGCAAGAACUGACGGAGUAGACGAUUCAACAUGGUACAUACGUGAAGUCAAGAUGGCAACUUCUCGAAGGACACCUGGCUAUCCCUACAGGAGAACAGUUGGAAAUAUGAUUGCCUAUGCCUUGCAAACAUGCGUUUUCAAGUUACCAGUUGUGCCAUCACAUCAUAAUCACAACACCCUAAUACAUGUCGACUCAAAUACUUUUUUUUUUUUUUAAUGGAAGUGUGAAGUUAAAUCUUUGGAGCUUGCAGGAAAUUGCCGUUCCAAUGAUUUUCUCAGCUGUAAAACGUUUUUUUGGGUUUUUUUGCGGCUACUGACACAGAAACAUCAGGAGACCUUAAGUGCCUGCUUCGACAGAGCAGAGCUGGAGUCUGAAGACCUGACCUGUGUCCCACUUUAGUGGGCUCAUAUCUGCAACUAAUCCUGUUUACUUACUGAGUUCCUCCGGGGGUUUGAAACCAAUUAGAUGCAGUCUCCAAAUCCCUGAAAGUUGAAAAAGAUCUUAAUUUUAUUUGGCAAGAAGCAGACCUCAGCUGAGUUACAGAUUAGCUCUGACUAUCCUUGUUUAUCAAACUGGACACCAAAAUCAAGUUCAUUUUCAUAACAGGAAAAGAAAGUGAGCUUUAUCCUCCUGCCCCUCGCCCUCAAAAUUAUUUCAUGCUAAUAAUUUCCUAAGACUGUCUAC